AGAAGUUACUUAUGUUGACCAUCGCGCUCCACUGAGAUAUGGAGGAUCAAGUGACAGGUCCAGGGUUUACAGGGAGGAAGAGGAAGAAAUGACUUACGCUGACCAUCGCACCCCAAUGAGAUACGAAGGUGCAGGUGACAGAGGGAGACAGUGUUUUGGGUCUGAAUACAGAGGAAGGGAUCGUGCAGAUGAGUCCAGGCUCUACAGGGAGAGAGAGGAGGAAAUGACUUACACUUCCCAUGGAACUCCAAUGAGUUUUGAAGACAAAGAUGACAGGCUCUACAGGGAAGAAGAGGAAGAAAUGACUUACACUUCCCAUGGAACUCCAAUGAGAUACGAAGGUGCAGGUGACAGAAUGAAACAGUAUUUUGGGUCUGAAUACAGAAGAAGGGAUCACGAUGAUGAGUCCAGGCUCUACAGGAAAGAAGAGGAAGAAAUGACUUAUGCCAUCCAUCGCACUCCACUGAGAUACGAAGGUUCAAGUGACAGAGGGAGGCAGUAUUUUGGGUCUGAAUACAGAGGAAGGGAUCGUGUAGAUGAAACCGGCCUCUACAAUACUCAAGCUUCCUUUCGCAAUGUGACCCAGUCAAGGCAGUUCCAACAAAAACAUGAACCCAGACAGGAUCCCACCAAACAGAACAGUUCAUCAAAGUUAGUACCAGCCUGGGUGAAGUUCCUUGUGCUUGUGGUUUUGUGUGUCUUUUUGUACUUCGUGAUCAUAAACAUGGAGUCAACUGAAGGUAGUCCUUUAAAAGUUCUGGGAUAGCUUUAUUCUCUCAACACUUUGAAAAAAUAUUGUAAUGUUGUCAUGCAUUUUCAGCAACAUUAAGGAUAAGAUGAAGGUUCUGAAUUGAGUUUACAAGCACAUGCUAUGAUUGUGUGCUCAUAUCGAACGGGCAGCACAUCUCACGGUGCCCGCAAAACACUGAACACAUUUUUAGGUUGUAUUUUACUGUUAAUUCAAUCUUUAAUUUGGUUAUAGAAAAAGAGAGUCUAUUUUUAGAACAUUGCGUGGCUAGCAGCGUGUCUGUCAUACUCUUCACACUCUUGCCCCAGAGGGGGAAGUGAAUGCACCCGAAGGAAACCAGUGCAGCCAGAGUGUAUUAAUAUCUACAGAACUAUACUGGUAUGGUAAAGCUGUCUCCAUUUCUCAUUUAAUGUAGUCACAGAUGUAUUACAAUUUCUUGUCUAUAUUCAUUAUUUCUCAGUGAUAAACGGCUCUGAUUUAUUUGAAGGCAUGUCCAUCGUGAAAGACCAGUCCUCCAGUAUAUCUUAGGGAAAGUGAAACCAUAAGAUAUGUUCAAACAGUGUUUGAUUGAUUUCUGAAGAUGCAAGCUACCAGCAUCAUCAACCUUGCAUACCACAAAUUUCUAUUGUCGUUUAGUCAUCUCUCCUGCAAACUGAUAUCUGAGACACUACCCAGUGCUUUAGUAUUUUGUAGACUGACCCAGUUUUUGUCAGUAGGACUACACUUGGAUAUGCCAAAUUAUGAUAGUUACCUCAGUAUCCAUUUGUAAGAAUCUUUCGGUCAGACUACAUAAGCAAAUAGUUGUGCGGUACACCGGACGUAAGUGCCUCAUUUUUAAUUGGUUUGACGGUUAAUAUUUUAGUAAUGUUUACUUGCAUGUAAUUAUUGAACACUGUUUGUAUACUCAUAGGAAUGAGCAUUUUUAUAGAAGACUACCAAUACCAAUGUCUUCGCAAAACCAAAGCUUUUUUGCACAUUACGAGGGUCAUUCAGAGGAAAGCCUCAAGAAUGAGUGUUGUGUGGAUUUGAUUUUUCCCUGUCCUCCU